UUCAUUUUUACGUUUCUUUCGAGAAUCUCGUGCAUUUUUAUUUCGUUUUUACCAAUUUUUGACCAAAUCCCGCAAUGGCAGUCGACGAAUUCUUCCCUCGGAUCCAAAAUUUUCUCUGUUGCAUCGAUAUGCGGAACGGAAUUGUCUUUAUCGCGAUCAUCAGUUUCCUCGCAAGUAUCGCUGACAUCGUUUACGGCUCAUUUUCGUUGCACGAGAUGUCUGUUAGCAAAACUUCCGUUGGCACAAUCCUCAUUUACACGAUAAUGUUGAUGUCGCUGGGCUUUUUCGAGUUUCUUUUGUCACUUUUUCUGCUGUAUGGCGUGUGCAAAUACGAAACGGCGCAUCUUUUUGUCUAUCUCUGGUUGAAAGUCAUCGGAAAUAUUCUGCUUUUUAUCAGUAUGGUGUUGGCGUUCAUGGUUCACAAAUGGAUUGGAGUCGGGCUUGUCGUUGAAUUGGUUUGCAGUAUUUACUUCUUUUUCUGCAUUCAUUCGUACUACAAGCGGAUGCGAACGUAUUACCGCAAGUCAAUAAGUUACUAAAAAGCAUCCAAGUUGCCUUCAACCAAGUCUACAAAGCGUAAUUGAACACUUUCGAAACUGCUUUCUGCUGAAGUGACUUCCAUCGUUGCGAAAUCGUUGUUAAUCCACCAUUGUCCUAAAAUCAUUCUUAUGUCGCGGAGCAUUUUGGAAGUCCAUGCUGUGAAUUCGUAGAAGAGAAUAACCUUGAAAGUCAUCACGGGAGACAUGAAUGUGUCGAAGUAGAUGCCGAGACUUUGGAUUGGGGAGUUUGAAAUAAUUAUCAUCUGAAAAAAAAAAAAAAUAAUUUUAAAUAAAUUAUGAGAAAUUUUAUUUCAAUUGAAAAGUUAAAUUAAAAAAUAAUUUUUAAAAUUAAAAAAAAAAUAAUUUUGACUUUAAAAAAUAAUAAAACAUUUAAAUAUGUUAUUUAAAAAAUUUAUUUUUAUUAUUAAUUGUUAAAUAAAUAAUAAAAAUAAAAUAAAAUGUCUAAAUAUUAAUUUUAAUUAAUUUUUUUUUGACAU